GAAAAAUGAAGUCCGAAUAAAUGCAUCUUUGCAUCCGCUGUAACGAAAAAGUUGAAAGUGACUUUAGAUUCGGAAGUUGAAAAAGAGAAAAAACAAAAGAAGAAGAAGAGAUGCUUGAGUGCGUAACAGGUUAAAUUAAAAUUACAGUAAAAUAAAGUAACAAUGUGAUUCAAAUAUCUGAAGUUGCAACAAGUUACGUACGAGUAGUAUAGUGUAGUGUGUCAGUGUCACUCUGUCAGGGGCAUCGCUCGGGUUCUGCGUGCUUUCUCUUUUAUUAAUUUGUAAUAAUAUUCGUUUGAGGAUUCAAAGGAUCCACUCUCCUCUGCCUCUGCAUUGGUUUGUGGUAAGUCAGGGAAGCUUGAUGUUGAUUGUCAAAUCCUGUCUUGUAAUCAGAAGAAGUUUUUCGAACAUCAUGCCGGUGUAACUUUCCUCUCAUAUAUAAGAGUGGCUUUUCCCGUGAAGAGCUAACUUAAAAGCUCUCGUUGGCUUCGUGAAGAGCAGAAAAUGAGUGAUACAGAAGAUCAAUCACAUUCCUUGGGAAAAAUGAAGAAACCAGAUAGCCAUAAACCUUAUCAUGGUAGAGAUUCCAAUCACGGAAAUGACCUAUGGACAGAUGGACUUAUUUGUGCUUUUGAAUAUGUUCGAGGACAAAACAGAUCAGUUAAAUCGUGGUCCUCAUCAAAGACCACAGAUAGACUAAAUGUUAAUGACCAACAUUCAAAUUUGCAUGCCCCUUCAGAUGGUUUAAGGGAGGCUUCUUCUGCGAGACUAGACAAAAACAAGCUCUCAGAUACUUCAUCUGUAAAUGUCUCAAGGGACAGUUUGUUUGGUGGCUCUGAUGAUGAUAAGGACCGUAAGGCUAACCAAUCUAAAAAGUAUGAGGGUGGUAAUUGGGUACCAAUUGGAUGGGCAAGAAUUUCAGAACUUGUCCAAGCAGUUCAGGUUGAUGCUGUCUGGUCUUCUCAUCAAUUUGAAUUUGAGGAUUCUGAAGAUGAUUUUACUGUAGCAGAUUUGGCAGCUCCCUAUUGGGAGCGUCCAGCUGGGCCUAUAUGGUGGUGCCAUGUCUCUGCAGGUCACCCCACUGUUGAGGCUUGGCUCAGCAAUGCUCGAUGGCUACAUCCUGCUGUUAGUUUAGCCUUGAGGGAUGAAAGUAGACUAAUAAGUGAGCGGAUGAAACACCUUCUCUAUGAGGUCCCUGUCAGAGUUGCGGGAGGCCUCUUAUUUGAGCUCUUGGGACAAUCAGCAGGUGAUCCUCUUGUUGAAGAAGAUGACAUUCCAAUUGUUCUUAGGUCUUGGCAAGCACAAAACUUCCUUGUAACUGUAAUGCAUAUAAAGGGAAAAGUGUCAUCGAUAAAUGUUCUGGGUAUAACAGAAGUUCAGGAGCUUCUUUCUGCUGGAGGGUAUAAUGUGCCAAGAACGGUGCAUGAAGUUAUAGCAAUGCUUGCUUGCCGCCUCUCACGUUGGGAUGAUAGGUUAUUCCGUAAAUCCAUAUUUGGGGCAGCAGAUGAGAUUGAAUUGAAGUUUAUGAACAGGAGAAACCAAGAAGAUUUGAAUCUUUUCAUCUUAAUCCUAAAUCAAGAAAUCAGAAAGUUAUCAACACAGGUUAUCAGAGUGAAGUGGUCCCUCCAUGCAAGAGAGGAGAUUGUCUUUGAGCUUCUCCAACAUCUAAAAGGAAAUGGAGCAAGAAGCCUGUUAGAGGGAAUAAAAAAGAGCACAAGAGAAAUGAUUGAGGAGCAAGAAGCAGUUCGCGGUCGCUUGUUUACCAUUCAAGAUGUUAUGCAAAGCACUGUUCGAGCUUGGUUGCAGGAUAGAAGCCUUCGGGUAACCCAUAACUUAGCAGUGUUUGGUGGCGUUGGUGUUGUUCUCACCAUCAUUACUGGGUUAUUUGGGAUUAACGUUGAUGGAAUACCUGGGGGAGAAAAUACACCAUAUGCAUUUGGUGUUUUUACAGCCAUCCUAGUCUUUUUGGCAGUAGUGCUGGUUGUAGUUGGCAUGAUUUACCUUGGGCUGAAAAACCCCAUUGCUGAGGAACAGGUUGAAGUUAGGAAGCUUGAGCUGCAAGAAUUAGUGAAGAUGUUUCAGCAUGAAGCAGAGACUCAUGCCCAAGUCCGGAAAAAUAUUUCUCCCAAAAACUUACCUCCUACUGCUGGUGAUGCUUUCCAUAGUGAUGCCAAUUAUCUUGUCAUACAAUAGAGAUAUUAUAAUUAUCCAGGGAUGCUUUAACAUUAAUUACUUUUGGGAGUGAAAGCAUGAACUGAAGAAGCAUUACUCCACACUACUUAUUCCUGAGCUUUGGUGAAUGUGGUGGAUGGACUUGCAUGAUGAUAAGCUGAUAGCUACUUCUGGACUUUCGUAGGCCUCAGUCUCUAACAAAGCGGAAAUUCUUCUAGGCUUGCUCUAUACGAGUUCUUUGUUGCAUAAAUUAUAAGUUUUAUAUGAAUUGGAUAUUUGUAUGCUUCAUAUGUCAUUUUUCAUUUAGCUGAAUUACAAACGUCAUGUCAACUUAGCGUAUAUAGAAGAAUGUCCCUUUUAAAGACCAAAGUGAAAGAUGUAAUACUAUUUAUAGUUAUACCACGCUUAAAUAGCAUUGUAAC